GAGACUGAAACAAUGCGGGCAAUAUACCUAGCUAGCGCUAGCUAAAGUUGUUAUAAACUUUAUUUAAAAAAGAUAGGUUUGUAAGAGCAUGUCAGUAGAGGCGGCCUUGCCCACAGAGGAUGUCGCCCCCCAGACCCUGCUCCACUGCCCUCAGCCCAAGGCCAAGGCACGAGAAGACUCGCUGAAGAUCCUGGACCCCUCAAAGACGAAGCUGUCGUCUCUGGAGACCAAGCGAAUAGCCGGGGUGCUGGACGAAUGCAUCAGUCGGGUGGAGCAAGUGGCUUUACUGCCAGCUGUGCUGGCCCACCUGGAGGAUCUGUCAGGGGGGCUGGGAGAGGAAGUGACCGGGGCCCUAAGGGAGCACCGGCUUCUUGAAGAGAGGCUGGCGAGUCUGGAGAGGACACCCGGUGGUGAGGCCGUGGGGGGGGGAAGAAUCCAGGGAGAAAAAGCCAUCCAGAGCUCCUUGAAGAAAGUGUUGCGUCUGCUCCGAGACCAACCGGCCGCCAGACGCGUUCUGGGAGGGGCGGCGGUGAGAGGGGAGGGCGCCCUGAAGGGACCACCAGGGGUGAGUGGAGGCAUGCAGGCUGUCCUGGGGGGGCUGAUGGAGCUCAAGGGGGUGCUACUGGAGAAGCUGUUGACCAGCCCCACAGAGGAGAGGGAGCAGAGAUGCUACAUGCGGGAAGUGUCUCUGAGGCAUAAAAACAACAUGGAGCUGGUAGCUACGCUGGGAACCGAAGUGGGCGCUUCCAUUAAGGACAGGGACACAGAGAUUGACAAGAAGAACGAGGUUAUCAAGAAGCUGAAGAGCUCCCUGCACCAGAUGGAGAAGAUCUCGGAGGACUUUGUGCUGAGAAUGCAGCAGGACGCCGAGAAGCAGAGCCAAUCAGACGCCAAGACCUCGGAGGGGAAGCAGAGUCGCAUGCAGCAAGAGGCCAAUCAGCUGAGAGUCCAGCUCAACAACCUGAUUGCAGAGAACCGUGAGGUGGAGACCACUCUUCGAAAGAAAAAGUACAAGGUGGAGACAGAGAUCGAGAACUGGAUCCAGAAGUACGACGCUGACAUGGGAGAGAAACAGCUGGAGCUGGAAGACAUGAUGGCCGUGUUUGAGGAGGAGAAGGAGGAGCUGAGGCAGCUGGAGGAGGCCUACGCAGUCCUGGAGGUGGAGUUCAGCCAGAUCCAGGAGGAGAGGCGCCUGGCGGAGGAGAGGAGGGAGGAGGACAGGAGGGUGCUGGAGCUGAAGAGCAAAGCCGCCACCCAGAUCCAGGCCAUGUGGAGAGGCCACCGCGUCCGCAAGGCCAUGAAGGGCAAGGGCAAGGCCAAGAAGGGCAAGAAGGGCAAAGGCAAGAAGGGCAAAUAGAGCCGGUGGAUUUCCUACCCGCUGUUCUGAAGAGCUCUACACCAGUGACCAGUACGUGGUCACUGCAGGUUUUUUCAUUUCAUAUACUGUACCUGGGGGAUUUAUUUGAGUGUU